CAAACAGCAGAGAGCCAUUGGUAGAAGAGACUGAAGUAUUGACUGCCUGAGAUAACAAAAGACUCCUCCAGAGAACUGGGUUUUUGUGCCAUCUCCUUCAGGAAGCUUUGCCAAAGGACCCUGAGCCCAGGUCUUCUAGAUGCCUUCUUGAGUCUGCUUGUGGCCACCAACAGAUACUUCUAAGGAGGAAAGAAGUCAGCCUAUCAGUAAUACUCUGAAAUAAGGGAUUAGAGGACAGAAUACCAAAAGCAGGAGCUGCAGCCAGAAGAGGAAGGUACAAUUCCUGAAGAUAUUCCUUUGGAGAGGUCUGCCAUGGCCUCUCUUGGCCUUCAACUUAUAGGCUACAUCCUGGGCCUUCUGGGGCUGUUGGGCACAGUGGUGGCCAUGCUGCUUCCCAGCUGGCGAACAAGUUCUUAUGUUGGUGCUAGUAUUGUCACAGCAGUCGGCUUUUCCAAGGGUCUCUGGAUGGAGUGUGCCACCCAUAGCACAGGUAUUACCCAGUGUGACAUAUACAGCACCCUCCUUGGCCUGCCUGCUGACAUCCAGGCAGCUCAGGCCAUGAUGGUAACAUCCAGCGCCAUUUCAUCACUGGCCUGCAUUAUCUCUGUGGUAGGCAUGAGAUGCACAGUCUUCUGCCAGGACUCCCACGUCAAAGACAAAGUGGCUGUGGUGGGCGGAGUCUUAUUCUUCCUUGGAGGCCUCCUGGGCUUCAUCCCUGUUGUCUGGAAUCUUCAUGGAAUCCUGCGAGACUUCUACUCUCCACUGGUUCCUGACAGCAUGAAAUUUGAAAUCGGAGAGGCACUUUACUUGGGCAUUAUUUCCUCCCUGUUCUCCCUGGGAGGUGGAAUCAUCCUCUGCUUUUCCUGUACAUCCCAGCAAAAUCAGGCCAACUACUACGAUGCCUACCAGGCCCAGCCCCUCACCAAUAGAAGCUCUCCAAGGCCUGUUCAAUCAUCCAAAUCCAAGAAUGAGUUUAACUCCUACAGCCUGACAGGGUAUGUGUGAAGAACCAGGGGCCAGAACUGGGGGUGGCUGGGUCUGUUAAAAAAAAUGGACAACCGCCCAGAGUCACAGGUGAGGGACAUUGCCACUGGAGGAUGUCAAAAGGUGCUGCUGAGGAUAGACUGACUUUUGCCACUGGAUCAAGCAAAGGCAGAAGUGAGUGGCAGUGUGUAGGUUGAAUUUUCAAGAUGCUUGUAAAGACACAAUUUCUGUUCUCUUCACCUUGGCUUCAUUAUAUAUCCAGCCUGCAGUCCUAAAGUCCCGACUUCCUAGGUUGGGACAUGCCCCAGAGACUCCUCUCUGAAAUUUGUUUCAUCUGGGAAUUCGUCUGACAACCCAUUCUUCAGACUCCACUGACUGUUUUACUCUGUGACCAAGACCUUCCCUUUCACUUUGUUGCUGAGGGCUAGAGGGAAGGAGAACUAGUGGGUUUUAUGGGCAUUACUCUAAAUUAUUAAUCUUCCCUUCAAAAAUAUUCCAUUUCCAGGAGCAGAGCCUAUAUCCUAAUCUUGUUAUGUUGUCUAGAUAGGUUUAUGCAUAAACUGAAAAGUACUAUACCAUAGUCCAAUGGAGGUUAGAACAACUGGAUAUGGGAUAAAAGG